AUGGCGCCGGCCAGAGCAGGAUUCGGCCCUCUGCCGCUGCUCCUGCUGCUGGGGCUGUGGAUGGCCGAGGACCCAGUCGGUGCCAAGCCCAGAAACAUGACCUCAGCUCGGUGGUUUGAAACUCAGCACGUGAAGCCCAGGCCUCAGAGAUGCAACACGGCGAUGCAAAACAUCAACAAGUACUCCAGUCGCUGCAAAGGCCUCAACACCUUCGUGCAUGAAUCCUUCUCCGGUGUGGCCGCCACUUAGACUCCCAGCAUAACCUGCAAGAGAGGCCGUAAAAACUGCCACCGGAGCCAGAAGCCUGUAUCCCUGACCGUGUGUAACCUCACCGCAGGGAGGUACCCAGACUGCAGGUACAAGGAGGAGCAGCUGCACGCUGCUUACAUCGUGGCCUGUGACGCUCCCCAGAAAGGGGACUCCAGGAAAUUCAAGCUGGCUCCUGUCCACCUGGACGAUGUCCUGUAG